UGUGAUACAACCAUAACUUUGUGAUACAACACUUUAUAACAAUAAGACAUUAUACCAUUUGGUAAUACAUAUUCAACCGAGACUUAAACGACAGACAAAAGCGGAACAAGAAAACCGUCUCUUUAUUGUUGAUAUUAUUUCUUAAACACUUAACAAGUUUAUUGUAAGAUAACCACCGGCGCACUCACCACUCAAACUGACCUUAUCUUACAAUAGAGGAAUGAAUGCACAUUUAAAUUAGGUUCCAGAGGAUGGAAGAUGUCGUCUGGGACUUGAGCUCAAUAGCUGAAGAGGAUUUUGAUCAAUUAGCCGUAUAUUUAGUACCCGAUCAACCAUGUGAUGAUACGACCCAUAAGAGUGCAACCAAUAGAUCUGAGGCCAGUUUGCCUCGCAAUCUAAUACUUAAACCCUCGCAGACACUCAACGAUGUUCUUGGUGUUUGGAGCACAGAUUACAUCCCCAGAGGCACACGUUUUGGGCCAUUGGUUGGAGAAAUUUAUGAUAAGGACGAAGUGCCCAAAGAUGCCAACCGAAAGUACUUUUGGCGCGUCUAUACCGGAGCCGACAGUUACCACUACAUCGACGGCUUCGAUGCGUCCAAAGCGAAUUGGAUGCGUUACGUCAAUCCGGCGUAUAGUAAUCAAAGCCAGAACCUGGUGGCGUGUCAGGUCAAACAAAACAUCUACUUCUAUACCAUCAAACCGGUGCUCCCGAAUCAGGAGCUCCUCGUCUGGUAUUGUAAAGAGUUCGCCGAAAGACUCAAUUAUCCACUAACUGGUGAACAAAUGCUUAUCAAAAUAAGACAACAACAGGAAGAUUUCAUGUCACAUAAUACCAGACUGACUCCCACUGAAGGCAGUACAAGAAGCGAUGAGGGCUACCACAGUCAUCAUGAUCUUCAUGACGACCAUUUGACACCUGAAGACAGUAGUGAUAGUGAUAAUGAUAACUAUGUACUCGAUUUAAGGGCAGUUAAACCUAAAAAGUCAUCCGUAGAUAAAGAAAAAGAAAAAUUAAAAACAACUAAAUCUGAAAUGGAAGAUAAUGAAUUCCGAAUGGUUAAGAUAAAGAUGACAAAGGCUUACCACUAUAGGACGUCUGGUAGUCCACCAAAUAGUAAACGAAGUAUUAGUGCCGAUGCCGAUGACGAAGAGGAAAGACAUCUCGUUAUCGCUGAUAAUAUGAUAAACAAGAAGAAAGAUGACUCUAAGCUCUACUCAGUUGCCGACCCUACGAGCCCGACAUACGGCGCGAGUCCUAAAUUUACGACUGAAGAUAAUAUUGCCGAUUCUCUGAAGCCCAUGACAGGCGGUGCGGCGCCAAACUGUUUACCCCAUUCCUCACCUAAAAAUAGUAGUGAAUCGGCAUUUUCAGUGCCAGAAGGCAUGUUUCAGCGCAUCACUAAUGGAAAUAGUAGUACGAGUCCUAAAUCACAGUCAGCUAACAGCACAUCUACGGGUAUUCUCGAGAAUCUUUUAAUACAGAGAUUACAUGCAGAAAGGGUGGCCGCGGCCAUACAGAUAGCCGUAACCACUGCUAAUGGCAUGAAUGCUAAUACAUGCCCACCCAUUGGUAACAAAUUUAAUGGUGUGAAAGAGCCGGUGCGGGUAAUUGUCAACGGAGAUAGUAAUAAGUUAGUCAUCAAUGACAAAAAUACCACAAAUGGUAUUAUCAACAGUACGGGGCAUUUGAAUUCUACGGGUAGUCCUAACAAUAGAAACAAUAGCCAAGAGGGCAAACCACAUGUCAUGUAUUCACAUAAGAAAAAUUACGGACGUUUUGUUAAUGGCAAUAGUCCUGAAAUGCAUAGUCCGGACUCCACUGACAAAACUAAUGCCUUAAAUGUAGUCACAUCUGCCGGUUCUGGUAGUCCUCCCGGAUCGACAUUUCCACCGAUGGGUCAAAAUGCAAGCAAUUACUUAUAUGUUAAUAAUAUGACACCAUUGUUUUCUCCGGGACACUUUAAUAUGUAUGCAUAUUCAACAAUGGCACACGCGGCCGGACUACAUCCCAGUCCACCCGAGUCUAUUCAUCCGACACAUCAUUUGAAUGGACGAACAAAUGGUACGUCUCACUUCCAACACCCGAAAAUCCCAUUGGGUAUUGAAUACCCAGCGGCGCACUCUCUGCUUCGAUCUCCCCUUAGUAUUGACCCGAAAAGUCCAUACGCCAGCGCCCGAAGUAAUGGAUCCCCAUCUCCUCCCUCAUCAAUAGCAUCAAUAUCGGGAAGCGGCGGAUAUUCACCCAACAGUUCCAAUCGUGGCUAUCGUUCUCUUCCAUACCCACUGAAGAAAAAGGACGGAAAAAUGCAUUACGAAUGCAAUGUUUGUAUGAAAACUUUCGGUCAGUUGUCUAACUUGAAAGUACAUCUGCGAACUCAUUCUGGUGAACGACCCUUUAAGUGUGGCACCUGUUCCAAGAGUUUUACACAAUUGGCUCAUCUCCAGAAACAUCAUUUGGUACACACGGGAGAGAAACCACAUCAAUGCGAUGUUUGCAAAAAGAGGUUCAGCUCUACCAGCAAUUUAAAGACACAUUUGCGCUUACAUUCCGGUCAAAAACCAUAUGCCUGUGACUUAUGUCCGGCAAAGUUCACCCAAUUUGUUCAUUUGAAACUACAUAAGCGACUUCAUACCAAUGAAAGACCCUAUACCUGUCAGACGUGCAAUAAGAAGUACAUUAGCGCCAGUGGUUUGAGGACUCACUGGAAGACGACUUCAUGUCAGCCAAACGCAGUUCAGGGAGAGUUCAUAGAUAUGGAGAUCAGUCGAAGUAAUUCUGUCUUUUCUAACGGAAAUUAUUCCGAUUAUAUGAUGAAUGGUAAAGAGUCACCCAUUUCUGGCAGUGGAUUCCAUGAUAAUGGAUCACUCAAUGGUUAUGAAGACGAGGAAGACAUCGAUUGUGUGGACGACGAUGAAGAGGAAAGCAUUCAAAUUGAUGAUGACGUAGACUCGCGAUCCACACCUCAUUCAAUGCAUUCAUCCUCUGAUGUCAGCAAAUAUAUGACAAACAGUACAAUCCGAUCGGCACUGACCAACGGUACCGGUAAUGGCGAUUCAAACGGCAGUUUAAUGUUGGGAAACGCCGGUAACGGGACGCCUAUGAUGAGCGCAUUGGUUGGUUUGGCCACCACUGCCUCGGAUGAGCUCUUGAGUAAGUCGUGUACGACAGCAGAGAGACAACAUUCAUCCAAUCCUAACAAUGAUAUAAAGCCUCCGCCAGAAUGUAAAGUCUGAAACAAUUGAUUCAUCAUUUCAUUCAUA